AUGUCCAACGACGAAUUUACCUCCCCCUUUCGGGUGUCGAGCCACGAUCUGCUACACCUCGAACGGAAUGAAACCUUUCGGGCCAUGCGGGAACAGCUUCGCCGUCAGGAUUGUGGCAUGGAAGGGCCGAGCUUCUGCCCAGACCACCGCAACCUGUGCAGCUCGGCGGACCAGGACUCAUUCCGCCUCCACCGCGACAUGAUUCACACGCUGCUCGUCCCGCUCUUCCUGAUCAACCACCAGGCGGAACGGAUGGCCGCUCGAGUCUUGUCCACCAAAAAGGGCACCGAGCCCGAGCGGGCCUUCAAGGGCGAGGCCCGCAGUGCCUUCGCCUGGUUGUCGUGCAUCCUGACCGAAGAGCACGAUUGGUACUUGACCGCACGGUGCCCGGCCUGUAUCGUGCUGCACGUCCUCCACUCCGAGCCCACCAUCCGGUUCGUCACCGUCGCCGCCUUGCUGGCCGGUCCUCGUUCCGGCUUCGACUGUUGGCUGUCCGCCCUCGAGACUGCCGUGCGCGAGGAUCCCUUCUGGGGGGACGCGUUCUGGCCCGAAAUCGAAGAACGUGCCACCCGUCUGGCCGAGGGCGUGCAGCAGCUCGUUCGACAAUGCCAUGAGCUCCGGCUUCAUCUGGACAGCCCCUCCACCACGCCCUCCUUUGCCAAGACCUCGACCGUCGUCUGUGAGCGAUCGACCUCGUCCACCUGCACCAUCCCCUUGAAGCCGUCCAGCUUUGCUCGGAAACAAUUGCGGUUGAGUCGGGAAGAGCAGCGCUAUCGUGCGUCCUUGGUCUGGAAUACCUGGAAUUGUUCCCAGGAGCUGCAGCCGCUGGCAUCGAGUGGUGCGACUCAGUCUCGCCGCCGUUCCAUGACCUCAUGA